AUGGAAGGGUUCGAAAUAGGUCCUGAUGGAAAGCCGUGUAGAGCUUGUAUUUCAGUGGAAGAAAUGAUGAAGAAAGGGAGAGAACUGGCCGAGAAAAAGUUGAAAAAUUCUCAAAGCACUAAUUCGGAGAUAGAUAUGAAACAACAAUACCCUACAACAAGCAGUGAUCAUCACACUAAUUGUCCUGUAGAUAAAGACGAAUUAGGAAGGUCAACAUGGAAUCUCUUGCAUACGAUGAGCGUGUACUAUCCUGAGAAUCCUACAGAGCAGAAAAAAACCGCAACUGCUAAUUUUCUGGAAAACUUAGGAAAGACAUAUCCAUGUGAAGUAUGCGCUGAAGACCUGCAAAAAGAUUUGAAAAAAGAACCACCCAAUCUGACUAAUCGAAAAGAGUUCGCUUUGUGGAUGUGUCAUCUGCACAAUAAGGUUAAUGGCAAGCUCGGAAAACCUGACUUUGACUGUUCCAAUGUUUUUGAACGAUGGAAGGAUGGCUGGAAAGAUGGCACCUGUGAUUUCUAA